AUACACUUUAAAAAACAGUAUAAUAACUGAAUAGUGAAUAGUAAAUACGAAUUACGAAUAGAUGUUUUUCUAUUAUUCUGUGUAUGUAAGACAGUUAUACAUUAUAUCAUUCAUUUUUAAUAACGUUCGGACCAGAUUUAUUGUUUAUCAAUAAUAUUUAAUAUGUUUUCACAACUCAUACGUAAUGUGAAUGUAGAUGUCGAACCAUCAACGAAUGUCUCUGAUGAAUUCGCCAAACUCUUGAAACAAUCUGAGGAAUCUCAUUUAGAAUGUGAAGAAGCAAAGAACAAACUAGAAGAGAUCAAUAAAGAAAUAAAUCACUACGAUGAACAGUUGAAUAUUAUUGAAAGAGAACGUGUCAAACUCAUGUCAGAAUUGGCUCUUCAAAUGCAAAUGAAACACAACCUAAAAAAUAAAGUGGAGAGUCUGAAAAAUGCAUUACAAUCAACAGAGUUUGACUUAAAAAAAUAUAACAAAAUGAAGUUAAGUACUGCUGAUCAAGAUAUUUUUUCUCGUACCAAAAAAACAUUCAUUACUUACAAGAAUAUGUUGAAGAUAUAUUUUGAUUAUUCCAAUGGUGCAAAUACAACUAUAAAAAAAGGAUAUACAUAUAACAGAAUCACAAAAAAGUUAGCUUACUUUGAGUUUAAUACUGAUGAAAAAACCGACAAUGAAAUUUCGCAAUGCUUAUGGAAUAAAAUUAAGUUAGUUUCAGAUAAUAAUUGGGAAACGUUAGCUGUAUAAUAAUUUUGUUUACUUGUAAUUAUAUAUUUUUAAAUAAAUAAUUAAGAUUUAAGAUUUGGAAUAUGAUUUUUAUCUUGAACAAUUGUGAACUGCCAAUCAGCAUAUUACUUAUUUUUUGUAAAAUAUAAAUGGAUGACGUUACAGUUGCUAACUUUUUAUUAAAUAAAAUGUUUUUAUCUUACAUAUCUC